GUGGGAGGGUGUAGUGAGCGGAUUGGAACUAGGCCCUAACGGUCUAGUCCCUCCCGGCCACUCUGUUACUGGACUGUCACAUGACCGACGCCGGCCAAUCCCAGCUGAGACUGCACACGGACGACAACAACAAAACAGAUACAUUAGAUUCUAGAACGAAGCUUAAAUUCGAAUAUUGUGUUUUUUUUUGCGACUUGUAUCAAAUUGGCUCAGUCGCGCGACACCAACAGAAGAAUGUUCCCGCAACAUUAACCGUUAUAGCCAUUAACGUUCUGGAACGUUGAGCUAGUUGUUUGUGUUUACGCGCUGUGGAUCUCCUCUUACCGUUAGCUAUAACGCUAGUAACGUUACAUACUGAUGGUGCCGUCACUCUGGACCCCCCCCAGUUAGUCCAUACUGAAGACAGCGAUGGACGCUCUAACAUGUUAGCACCAUGUUUAAGAAUGUGUUUGGCUCAGGGUUUCUGGUGAGAACAGCUCAUGUGAUUCUAACAUGGGUCAUCACGUUAAUACUCUUCCUACAUGAUACAGAGCUGAGGAAGCAGGAGGAGAGCGGCCAGCUCGUCCAGCCGGUGCUCUUCGUCCUGCUGGUGCUGGUGUCGGUGCUGCUCUAUUUCGCUGUUUCUCUGAUGGACCCAGGCUUCAUCUUGUCUGACGACAGCGAUUUACAGUUCACGCUGGGAGUGACGGAGGAACAGCAGGACAUGAUCCCACCCACCACCAAAUCCCUGCGACAGCGCCGUUGUGGCCACUGUCUGCUGCAGCAGCCAAUGAGAUCAAAGCACUGCCAGACAUGUCAGCACUGUGUCCGGCGUUACGACCAUCACUGCCCCUGGAUUGAGAACUGUGUCGGCGAGAGGAACCAUCGCUGGUUUGUGCUUUACCUUGCCGUCCAGCUGCUGGUGCUGCUGUGGGGGCUGCACAUCGCCUGGACGGGUUUCAGUUACGCACCCACCUGGCAGCUGUGGCUGCGUACCAACGGCAUGCUGCUGGCCGUGUCCGUGCUGGUGUCUCUGCUCUCGCUGAUCGUGCUGCUCCUGCUCGGCUCCCACCUCUACCUGGUUUCUCUCAACACCACCACCUGGGAGUUCAUGUCGCGCCACCGCAUCUCCUACCUAAAACACUGCGGCGCCGAUGAAAACCCGUUCGACCGCGGCACCUUCCACAACCUGUGGGGUUUCUUCUGCGUGUGGGGCACGGUGGUGUGGGAACAGGUGUACUUCAGGGAGGGUAGCGACCAAGUCUAGAAACACAUGGCUGAACAAACUCUCUGGAUAUUUUGGGAUCAGACACAUGACCACAGAGUUGGGGAGAUAAACUAUCUUUGUGUGCAGUUUACCUUUUUAUAGAUACUUGUGUUGUUGUCCCACGUUUACCUUCUGACUCUCCUCUCAGUGGCUCAUCCCUGCUCUGUUGUUUACAGCCUUUCAGGUAUACACUACCCAGACGGUCCCAUUUUAAGGCUCUUGAGUGAACCGUGACACAUUGUAAACCUGACUGAUGGACUGUUGAUUCAUUUUGAAGUUUACUUUUAUACAUGUCGAAUAUUGCAUAAACAUUUGAUGAACAAAUAGACUUGUUUUAGAUGCAUGUGUAGACAAUCCAGAUCUGUGGUUGCUAUGGUUUCACUCGCUGGAUAGUCAGAUUCCUGACUAACCAGUUGGACAAUUGUUGAACAAAUCCGUCCAUUUGUUUUUAGUGUAGAAAGCAUCAUUCUGUUCUGUGAUCAUUUGCUGUAAUUUGCUGUAUUUAUUCUGCACAGAGGUGCUACAGGGUCCACUUGCUUCAACAGUUUUUGUCUUUAAAAAAAAAAGCUGUUAGUUGAAGUGAGAGAAAUUACAACCAUUUUUUUUUUUUACCUCAGUUGAUUUGUACG